GCGUGGCGCUGUUGCCCGUUACUAGGCAGCAGCGCAUAUCUGGCAACCCACUGUAGCGGCGGAGAGCAGCGGAUUGCAUUCUGCCAGUGUAAUAUCAACAUUGGAAAGGACGCAGUCAAAAUACAGAGAUGGCAGUGAAUGUAUACUCCACAUCAGUAACGAUUGAGAACCUGAGCCGACAUGACAUGUUGGCGUGGGUGAAUGACUCCCUUCAGCUCACCUACACCAAGAUAGAACAAUUAUGUUCAGGGGCGGCUUAUUGUCAGUUCAUGGACAUGCUGUUCCCAGGGUGUAUUCUUUUAAAGAAAGUGAAAUUUCAAGCAAAGCUGGAAACUGAGUUUAUACACAACUUCAAAGUACUCCAGGCAGCUUUCAAGAGGAUGAACGUUGAUAAAAUAAUUCCUGUGGAAAAAUUAGUGAAAGGAAAAUUCCAGGACAACUUUGAAUUCAUCCAGUGGUUUAAAAAAUUAUUUGAUGCCAAUUAUGACGGAAAAGAGUAUGAUCCCAUUCAAGCUAGGCAGGGCCAAGAUGUGGCGCCUCCACCAAAUCCAGGUGAACACUUUUCCCACAAACCCAAGAGAACUGGUCCCUCAGGGCCUCAGAGAACAUCGCCAACAGUACCUAAAAACAUGCCCACACCACAGAGGGUGACCACCACCAUAAGGAAGAACCCCACACAUGCCCGAAAUGGGGGAAGUGAUGCUGAAAUCAUGGAGCUUAAUCAACAGUUGAUGGAGCUGAAGUUAACUGUAGAUGGUCUGGAAAAGGAGAGAGAUUUCUACUUCAGCAAACUUCGAGACAUUGAGCUGAUCUGUCAAGAACAUGAGACUGAAAACCACCCCAUUAUCAGUAGGAUAAUUGACAUUCUGUAUGCCACAGAGGAUGGCUUUGCACCACCAGAAGAUGAUGAAAUAGAUGAGCAGGCCCACUUGGACCAGGACGAAGACUGAGCAUCCUCCUCUUCCACAUCAUCGUGACCCUUCACCUUUUCCUCUCCCCACCACUUUGAAUGACUCCCCUCUAUCGCACGCUGUUAAUAUCCUCUCAGUUUCCUACAAAUCUGUGGGCUCACCAUAUAUACUCUAACUCUUUGUCCUCCGACACUGAUUUAUGCUCUACAUAUGUAUCAGCAAACACUCGCCGUCCUCACCCUCAUCCAGACAGUAGCACCAACCACGACAAAUCCUAGCUGUCACAGCAUGUUUUACAUAUCGACACAGAGAAUGAACAAAAGAAAAGGUAUCAAAGAAUGUGGGUAGCACAACGGACUGAAAAAAAUUUAAAUAUUGAGAUGAGAAAGACGUUUUUAAAGAAAAAAAAGAAAAUGAAAAAAAUGUCGCCUGAAAUGCAGUUAUUUGUUGUGAGAUUUUCAUACACAUUUUCUUUAAGGUCUGUCUCGGCUCCAUUCAGUAUGAAACGAUCAGUAUCACGCCAUCCAUCUGUGUCUCCAGCUUCAGUCUGCCUCUCUCACUGACUGUACACUUCUAAAGGGACAGUUCACACAGAAAUGACUAUUCUGUUUUCAAUUUCUCACCCUCAUGUCGUUCCAAAUCUGAAUGAUUUUCUUUCAUGGAACAAACGAGGAAGGCUUUUCAUUUCCAUAGAAUUGCAGCAAAUAGAGACUAAAGCUUUCAAUCUUGAAAAAGGACACAAAUGAACCAUAGAAGUGGUCCAUAUGAUUCAUACACUAAAUUCCAAGUUAGCGCUGGGUGGUAUAUCGAGUUUGUACGAUAUAUCGAUACUUUCUUUAUAAGCGAUUCGA